AUGGCUUCAGACCGCGUUCCACAUCCAAGCUGCGCAGCGGGAAUACGAGCCAUUCCAAUAGAGAAGGGCUCAACAUUUAUUUAUAAUGCCAACAAGUUCACCGAGGAGCUUCAGACGCAUAUAAAGAAGUUUGCUGGUACAACUACGACGGUGGUCACGUAUGUGCCCGGCGUAGGUGCAGACGAUGGAUUCCUUGAAUGGGCCGAUGGAGUCAUCAUCCGUGUGUUCGAGAAUGAGAGUACAGGUGCGGGUCGUACUUUUUCUCUAGUUCGAGUGCGACAUUAG